GCCAGCAGCAGCAUCCAGAAUCCAGGACAUGAAGUUGCGGGUCUGACUCGGCUUUUGGCUCUGUCUAUGGCUUUGGCGUCGCAGCCGCCGUUAACGUUGCCGCAAAAAUUGCCAACCGACCAUGGCCAUAACCGUUGAUUCUCAGUUAGACGGCGACUUUUGUGUAGGACAGUUGCAACGUGCGGUGCGGGCGGGCAACAACAACAACAAUAACAAAUAGCACGCCGCAGCGUCAACAAAAAACGUGGACUUUAGUUCGAAAUGCCAGCACAUGGCAAAUAAAUAAUACAAGAAAAAAUACUCUCAAUUUGCAUUAAAUACAAGCAUCUUCCAUGGCGCUAGACUAUAUGGCAACUAUAUGUGUAUGCAAAGCAUAGAAAUAUGGACCGACAUUGAGUCUGGGCAUCUUUAAGGACAACGACCAACGCUACUAUGGAUUAUGGCCGCUGGCUGCUGCAGCUGGCCGUAUAUUUGCUGCUUGUGGUGGCGCAACGCAUUCAGUGUCUAUUUGUGACUGACAUCAAUGUGCCACAAAUUGUUGAUUUUCGUGAUAACGUGACAUUAUCCUGCAGCUAUGACAUAAGUGGUCACACGUUAAAUUCGGUUAAGUGGUACAAAAACGACAAGGAGUUUUUUAGAUAUUCGCCGCUAACGCCACAGCUCGCAUUCAUGAAGUUCGGCGUGGAGGGCGUGCAAUUGAUCGAUGAAGGCAACGAGUGCAAUGAAUUCUACUGCCGCGUGGAACUGAAUUUAUUGGGCGUCCGGGCGACGGGCGUCUACAGGUGCGAAGUGUCCGGCGAUGCGCCGCACUUUCAGCUAGACGCACGCUCUGGCAACAUGAGCGUUGAGGCGCUACCGCAAAAUAAUCCGCUAAUCAGCAACUUUCACUCGAUGUAUCGCUUCGAUGACUUUGUGCAGGUUAAUUGCAGCACCGACUUUUCCAGCUUGCUGACCAAGUUAACCUGGUACAUCAAUGGCAUUAAGGCCUCACCCAUGGACAUGCAGCCGAGCAUGGAUACGACAAUUGCUGCGCAUGAAUAUAACUUGCGUCGCAUUAUAUCGCAGUUGAAUUUUUAUGCCAACGAUCCGCGCUUUUAUCAGCUGCCACUGCGUGUGGCAUCGCCGCUGCGUCUGGGUCUGGAGCUGCGCUGUGUGGCUGAGAUUGAGAGCUACCCGCAGCUGAGGCGCGAGGCGAGUCUGCAUGCGCUGCUGUUUAGCGAUGAUAUCGAAUUAAAGAAUCAGAAAUCGCUUAAAUCGGGCGUCGCUUGGUUUUGCGCCCAACUGAUGUUUGUGGCAACCGCAGCGGCGGCGGCCAUCAGCCUACGCUGGCUUUUGAUGCCACUGACAUUUGCAAAUGGCGGCCGGAAGUUGUCACACUACAAAAUGGCGUCGGCCAUGACAGCAGCUGAUGCCGCACUCUGCCAUUAAUGUGUAAUUUAUAUGAAACUCUUUUCCUUUUUUCCACACAUUUUGUUUCGUCGUUUCGAGAGCAAAAUACAUUUUUAGCUUUAAGCAAACUGAAAUGCACGUGAGAAUUUACAACUACAACUACAAUUGACACAUACAUACAUACCUAUAUAUGUUUGCAUGCCGUCAACUGUAUUAACUUAAGCCGCAUCAAGCUAACUGUGUAAAUAGUCGAUAAGUAUAAAAAACAAUUAAAAAUCAUCAAUA